AUGUCCGAGGACGUCGUGAGGAGAGCCAUGCGCUUCACAGACUCGCCCAAGCCACCGCUCGCCCCCAAGCCCAGGACCAGCAGCCCGCGCGCCCCCGGGGUGGCGCCCCCGCUGGCCGCCUCGCCCCACCUGCGCCUGCGCAGUCCGCCCCGCGCGCCCCGGGGUCCCAAGCCCCCGAUCGCCGACCCCGGCGACGGCAGGCCCGGAGUGUGCGUCGGCGACAGCGUCACCAAAUGCCGCAACGGGCGGCUGCUCUGCGUGGACCCGGGGCUGGACCCAGGGCGCCAGUCCGAGACGGACGAGGACGACAUGGAGGUCCCCAGGGUGGUGGCGAGGGACGGGAGCUGCGUGGAGAAUGUGGCCUCCGAGGAGCCUCCAGGUGACCCUGGCGAGGAGGAGCAGGAGGCCGGAGGCGCUGGUGAGGACCCGGCCGAAGGGACACCCAGCGGAGAGGGCGAGGGACACACAGGCGACAUCCCUGACAACGAGGAGGAGGACUCUGAGGACGCGCCGGGGACGGAGGAGCAGGGCUCCACGAGCGAGGAGGAGGAGAAGCGGGUGAAGGCGCACAACGCCUACAACCUGGGGGCCCGGGGGCCCUGGGACACGGGCGACAUCUCGGAGGACGACAUCAUUCUCACGCACGUGGAUGCAGAGGCCCCCGAGGUCCCCUGCGAGGAGCCCGAGGCCCCCGGGGAGGAGGGGGCGCAGGAGGACGGGGAGGAGGACCCCGUCGGAGCCGAACCUGGGGGACUCCACGAGGCCGGGGACCCCGACGGGGCGGCCCAGGACACGGGGCAGGACGUUGCGGAUGACAGCGAAGGAGCCCAGGAGGCUGAGGAGCUGGGCCCGGCCAUCCAGGGGACGGAGACCGCCAGCGACAGCCUGGAGACCCCUGAGGGACAGGAGGAGCAGGAGGAGGACGGCGAAGUGGACGAGGAGGGCGAGGGCGGCCCAGACGGCGGGGACCAGGGGGACCAGGGGGACCAGGAGGAAGCACCCGACCAGGGACAAAGGGCGGCCGAGGAAGGGCCCCUGGAAGGGGAGGACCCCGCGCAGGACGAGGCCACCGAGGACGGCUGCCAGAUUGUCCCUUUCGAGAGCGACAGCCUGGACGACUUUGUGACAUCGCUCACAGGAAGUCCCUACGCCUUCCUGCCCACGGAGAGCACGUCCUUCUGCAGCGACAGCUAUUCCCAGGUCCCUGAACCGGGGCGGGAACCCGGGGCCCAGGGGCUGUGCGCGGUGGACGCCCCCCAGCUGCCGGGGGACGCUGCGGACGGACUGUCGAUCCCCGACGUGGUGGUGGUGCCAGAGGACGAGGAGGACGUCGCCGACGACUCGCUCAGCAACCCCUACGUGGUGGCCGUCGGCCUGCCCAGCCCGGGCGACCCUGGAGGAGGAGGACAGCCGGAGACUCCGGCCACCCCCGACGGGGCGGACGGCCCCGACGGCACGGAAGAGGCCAGCUCUGCUGCCGAGGGCGGCCUGGUCCCCUCGGACUGGAAGGGCCUGGCCACCCGGGCGCGUCCCCACUCUGGGAAGGUGGCUGGGUAUGUCCCAGAAACGGUCCUAGAAGAAGCGGGACCAGAGGCGGGUCCCUCGGGUUCGGGCACCGCAGAGGCCGCGGAGGAAUCGCGGUGGCCCCUGGACGCGAGGCCCCCCGACGGCAGCCGGGCCCUGCCCGCCAAGCCCAGGGCCUUCGCGCUGUACCCGCGCUCCUUCUCGGUGGAGGGCCGCGAGGUCCCCGUGGGCCUGUUCCGGGAGCCCGACGGCCCGGGGCUGGACGACGUGAGGAUCCAGAGGAAGGACGACAACCUGUCGCUGCCCUGCGUCAUCGGCUCCUCCGGCAGCUUCUCGCAGAGGCACCACCUGCCGUCGAGUGGCACGUCCACGCCGUCCUCCGUGGUGGACAUCCCGCCCCCCUUCGACCUGGCCUGCAUCACCAAGAAGCCCAUCACCAAGAGCUCGCCCUCGCUGCUGCUGGACAGCGAGUCGCCAGACAAGGCCACCAAGAAGAAGAAGUCGUCCUUCAAGCGCUUCUUGGCCUUGACCUUCAAAAAGAAGUCAGAGAGCAAAGCGCACGGGGACCUGAGCGCGCCCUCGUCCAGGUCCUCCUCCGAGUCCAGCUACCACGGCCCCCCCAGGCUCCUGGACAUGGAGCGCAGAAGCUUCGGGAACUCUCCGCAGCUCAAAUCCCGGGCCGCCAAGCUGCGCGCCUGCGAGUCCCCCUCGUCCCUCCUCUUCUACAGGGACAGCAGGAGGAAGGGCAUCCCCCUGAGCAGGACCGUGUCCAGGGUGGAGUCCUUCGAAGACCGCUCGCGGCCGCCCUUCCUGCCCUUGCCGCUGACCAAGCCUCGCUCCAUUUCCUUCCCCAACGCCGACACGUCGGACUACGAGAACAUUCCAGCCGGCAACUCGGACUACGAGAACAUCCAGAUCCCGCCCCGCAGGCCCGCCCGGGCCGCCACCUUCACCAAGCUGUUCGAGGAGCAGAGCAGGGCCCUGGCCACCGCCAACGAGAACGACGGCUACGUGGACAUGAGCAGCUUCAACGCCUUCGACAACAGGCAGCAGAGCGCCGAGCAGGAGGCAGAGAGCGCCUACACGGAGCCCUACAAGGUCUGUGCCGUCUCGGCCGUGGCCCCCAAAGAGGACGUGACGUCGGAUGAAGAGCAGGGAAGCUCGGAGGAGGAGGACGGCGUGCCCAGAGACCCCGGCCUCACCCACAAGGGGGAAGGACAGUCGCGAGCCCUCGUCGUCGCCCAGGAGCUGCUGGCUUCGGAAAAAGCGUACGUGCAGGCGCUGCAGCACCUACGACGGGAUUUCCACGGAGCCGUCCUGAGGGCCCUGGAUGACAUGGACCAAGAGGGCAGAGACGCGCUGGCCCGGGAGGAGCUGAGGCAGGGCCUGAGCGAGCUCCCAGCCAUCCACGACCUCCACCAAGGCAUCCUGGAAGAGCUGGAGGACAGGCUGUCCAACUGGGAGGGCCAGCAGAAGGUGGCCGACGUCUUCCUGGCCCGCGAGCAGGAGUUCGCCCACCACGCGGCUCACAUCCUGCAGUUCGACAGGAACCUGGCUCUGCUGGCCGAGAACUGCCUCCUCUCUCCCCGGCUGGCAGCCGCCGUCCGCGAAUUUGAGCAGGGCCAGCACGGAGGCGGGCAGAGCGCGAAGCACCGGCUGCUGAGGGUGGUCCAGCGGCUCUUCCAGUACCAAGUGCUGCUCACAGAUUACCUAAACAACCUCCGCCCCGACUCGGCCGAGUACGAGGACACCCAGGGAGCCCUGAGCCUCAUCUCCAAAGUCACAGACCGAGCCAACGACAGCAUGGAGCAGGGGGAGAACCUGCAGAAGCUGGUGCACAUCGACCACAGCGUGCGGGGCCAGGGGGACCUGCUGCAGCCAGGGAGGGAGUUUCUCAAGGAAGGGACACUGGCGAAAGUCAGGGGCAAGAGCAGACAUCCCCGGCACCUGUUUCUGAUGAGCGACGUGCUUCUGUACACGUAUCCCCAGAAGGACGGCAAGUACCGGCUGAAGAGCUCCUUGGCGGUGGCCAAUAUGAAGGUCAGCCGCCCCGUGAUGGAGAAGGUGCCCUACGCGCUCAAGAUCGAGGUGCCCGAGUGCUGCCUGCUGCUGUCCGCCAGCUCCUGCGCCGAGAGGGACGAGUGGUACAGCUGCCUGAGCAGAGCCCUCCCCGAGGACUACAAGGCCCAGGCGCUGGCCGCCUUCCACCACAGCGUGGAGAUUCGGGAGCGGCUGGGCGUCAGCCUCGGGGAGAGGCCCCCCACCCUGGUGCCCGUCACCCACGUCAUGAUGUGCAUGAACUGCGGCUGCGACUUCUCCCUCACCCUCAGGCGACAUCACUGCCACGCGUGCGGCAAGAUCGUGUGCCGGAACUGCUCGCGGAACAAGUACCCGCUGCGGUACCUCAAGGACCGCAUGGCCAAGGUGUGCGACGGCUGCUACGGGGAACUCAAGAAGAGGGGCGGCGCCGUCCCCGGCCCCCUGAGAGAGCGGCCCAUGAGCAUGAGCUUCCCGCUGACCUCCGCCCGCUUCUCCUCGGGCAGCGCCCUCUCCGCCGUCUUCCCCUCCACCUUCAAGAAGCAGAAGAAAGUCCCUUCGGCCCUCACGGAGGUGACGGCCUCUGGAGAGGGCUCUGCCAUCAGCGGCUACCUGAGCCGGUGUAAGAGGGGCAAGCGGCACUGGAAGAAGCUCUGGUUUGUCAUCAAGGGCAAGGUGCUCUACACCUACGUGGCCAGCGAGGACAAGGUGGCCCUGGAGAGCAUGCCGCUGCUGGGCUUCACCAUCGCCCCGGAAAAGGAGGGCGGCGAGGCGGGCCCCGUGUUCCACCUUUACCACAAGAAAACCCUGUUCUACAGCUUCAAGGCGGAGAGCGCGGGUGUCGCUCAGAGGUGGAUGCAGGCCAUGGAGGACGCCAGCGUGCUAUAGCAGUGGCCACUGGGACUCGGGACUCGAGAGACUCUUGGGGGACACUGAGCCCUUGCGGAGGCCACCCGGGUCGCGACUGGUCCUGACCACGUGUCGACCUUCCCGCUGGGACCCGCCCCACCCAGCACCUCCGCAGGUGGAAUAUUUAUGGCCCCCAUGUCCCCUGUGUCCCAGCCCCAGCCACGAGCCACUCCCUCAUCCGGCAGUGAGGUGACAACUUGGCGCCUGAAGAUGGUGACCCACGUGCUCAAGCGGGGGCUUCGGUGCCUGAGUGUCGCUUUGGGCUCCUGGAAGCAGCAGCUGGUCCCUCCUGUCCCGGGGCCUUGGUGGGAAGAGAACCCGCAGGAGAGCUUGUCACCUGUCACCUGUCACCUCCGAAGCACUUUAUUUGGCUGAGUCGCCACCGUCAUCUCCACGUUUUCCAAGUGACUAAGGGAAGUCACUUCAGAGUCCCGGGGCCGAGUCCCCAGGACUCAUUGGCCACCAGCCAGGUGUCCCCUGGAUGCGGGCACAGGCACCUGCCCCCGCAGCUGGCCGCGACCGUGUCCUGCUGUGAGUCCCCAAAGGCCCCCUCCUCUCCAGGCAAAUCUGGAAACACAGCGGGUGACAGACCCCCACCCUGGGGACCAGCUCGGACCCUCGGGAGACUCUAAUUUAUUGUGCGCCUUUCCGUGUCCACCCCCCAGGGGCCGCCUGUCCACGGGGGCCUGACCCUAGACACGCGGUGGCCCUGGGGUCCCUGGGUCCCACCACCGAAGCCUUUUUCAUGUCUCAAAAGAAGCUAAACAGAAAGAACAGGAGGUGGACCCCUGACCCUGGCGGGUGGCCCUGGACCCUCCAGGGUGUGGGAAGUCGGGGCUUGAAGAUCCCUCACCUCCUGGGGCCGUCCACGUUGCUCACGAUGCUGGAAAGUUCUUUUUUUUUUUCUUGAUGGAAAGCAGAGAGGGGCCGAGGGGCAGGGUCAGCCUUGUCAUUUCCUGCUCUCCUGUCCCCUUCUCCUGCUGCCCUGCCCCCUAGGGAAAGGCCUUGGUGACAGACCGUUUGUAAAAAGCACCCUCGUCUCCAGGACUUUAUUUACAUUAAAUAUUUUCAGGGAA